UUUUUUGAGGAGAUACCAAGAUCCGUUAUGUAGUUAUGAGUGGCAUAUUGAAGUUAAUACAACGGAGUGGUCUUUUUAAGAACCCCGUUGCGUGGUAGUUUGCAGAGUUGCUCUGCGAAGUUGGCAGCAAUUCGUUCUUUCGAGUAGCUAUUAUUUUGCUUAGAACAAAGCAUCAUACGGAGCUCUUCAUCUCGCUGUAAACCCUGACCGACGUUACCAAUUCUGAAAACCAUGGCAACGAGAGGUCACUCUUCUGGCUCCUCAAUGAGUAACCACACAAAAGAGAGAGUGACCAUGGCCAAGGUGACCCUGGAAAACUUCUACAGUAACCUGAUUGCCCAGCAUGAGGAGAGGGAAAUGAGGCAGCAGAAGCUGGAGAAGGUCAUGGAUGAAGAGGGGCUGCCUGAAGAGGAGAAGCGUAUGAGGCGUUCUGAGCAUGCUCGGAAGGAGACAGAGUUCCUGCGGCUCAAGAGGACUAGAUUGGGUUUGGAUGACUUUGAAUCCCUCAAAGUGAUUGGACGAGGUGCUUUUGGAGAGGUGCGCCUGGUUCAGAAGAAGGACACGGGUCAUGUGUAUGCUAUGAAAAUCCUGCGUAAAGCAGACAUGCUGGAAAAGGAACAGGUUGGCCAUAUCCGAGCGGAGAGGGAUAUUCUGGUGCAGGCUGACAGUCUGUGGGUGGUCAAGAUGUUCUACAGCUUCCAGGACAAGCUGAACCUCUACCUUCUAAUGGAGUUUCUGCCAGGGGGGGACAUGAUGACACUGCUGAUGAAAAAGGACACCCUGACGGAGGAGGAAACGCAGUUCUAUGUGGCGGAGACUGUGCUGGCCAUCGACUCCAUCCACCAGCUUGGCUUCAUUCACAGGGACAUCAAACCAGACAACCUGCUGCUGGACUCAAAGGGCCACGUCAAGCUGUCAGACUUUGGCCUAUGCACAGGACUCAAGAAGGCCCAUCGCACAGAAUUCUACAGGAAUCUCAACCAUAGUCUGUCCAAUGACUUCACUUCUCAGAACAUGAACUCCAAGAGGAAGGCUGAGACCUGGAAGAGGAAUCGUCGGCAGCUGGCCUUCUCCACAGUGGGCACCCCCGACUACAUCGCUCCCGAGGUCUUCAUGCAGACAGGCUACAACAAGCUCUGUGAUUGGUGGAGCCUCGGAGUCAUCAUGUACGAGAUGCUCAUCGGCUACCCUCCGUUCUGCUCGGAGACGCCGCAGGAGACCUACAAGAAGGUGAUGAACUGGAAGGAGACGCUGGUGUUCCCUCCUGAGGUGCCCAUCUCCGAGAGGGCCAAGGCCCUCAUUCUCAGAUUCUGCUGUGAGUGGGAACAUCGCAUUGGUGCCACUGGUGUGGAGGAGAUUAAGAGGAACCCUUUCUUUGAGGGCGUGGAUUAUGACCACAUCAGGGAGAGACCAGCUGCCAUUCCAAUCGAGAUCAAGAGCAUUGAUGACACAUCCAACUUCGAUGAAUUCCCAGAGUCUGACAUUCUGCAACCUGCAGCUCCUGUCGUUGCGAGCAACCACUCUGAGGCCGACUACAAGAACAAGGACUGGGUCUUCAUCAACUACACCUACAAGCGCUUUGAGGGCCUCACCGCCCGUGGAGCCAUCCCCUCGUACAUGAAGGGAGGGAAAAGAUAAAGGAAGCACAUCCUCUCCUUCUCUCCAUGGACCAUUCCUGUCCUGGAUCCUUUCCUUCUUCUUCCGUUAUCCUAUCUCUCUUAACUCCACCCAUGGCUUGUCAACACUCCUCUCUCGCGCUCCUUCAGUCCGCUCUGUGGAUUACGCUUGCGGAUGCCUUGGCCAGUCGCGCUGUGGCUGAAGUCAGGGGGAUAUGUAUGGAUUCAAUUGAUUCACUUGUGUGAGUGUUACACGCGGUCUCUCACUCAGCCUGUCCACUUUCCUCGAAGCCUUAGGACCAAUGGGGAUGCAUGGAGAACACAACAAUGAACAAUGGCUGGCACUGUCUGCCACAACUGUUUAGUUUCUCUCCU